AUGUCCCACGAGCAGCGCAGACUUCCCGUCCCGCCAGCCUGCCUGUCUUCGACCUCGUCAACCGUCGGCGCCAACAGCCCCUACUCGAUUAUCGAGGCUGAUUCCGAGCAGUCGGAGGAUUCGCAGAGCUGUUCGAACAGCACCAAGUCGGUCCGCGAGAGCAUAUUCGACUACAUCAAGGAGAACGGCCGCACCUAUCAUCGCUAUGCCUCCGGCUCGUACCUUUUUCCGAAUGAUGAGCCCGAGAGCGAGCGGCUAGACUUGCAAUAUGAGCUCCUGAAGGUAUUGUUCGGCAUGCGCGACUACUUCGCGCCAUUGCACGAUCCGCGGAAGAUACUGGACAUCGGCACUGGGACGGGGAAAUGGGCGAUCGAAAUGGCGAGCCAAUUUCCGAAUGCUGAUAUCACCGGGACCGACCUCUCGCCGAUCCAGCCAGAAUGGGUACCGGAGAACGUUCAAUUCGUGAUUGACGAUGCUCAGGAAGACGACUGGCUGCUCAAGCCGGAUUCCUACGACUACAUCCACACGCGGGUCCUGUUAGGGUGCUUCGAAGAUUUCCGAGAGAUAGUAAGGAAGUCAUACAAGUACCUAAAACCCGGCGCGUGGAUGGAAUCGCAGGAGUUUUACUCGACGCUGUAUUGCGACGAUGGGACAAUGGCACCGGACUACCCCUUUGCCGAGUGGACGCGCACGCAUGAUGCUGCGGCCAUGAACCUGGGGCGACCGCUGCGUAUCGCGAACAAGAUGAAGCGCUGGUAUGAAGAGCAAGGCUUCGUCGACGUGCGCGAGGAAGUCUUCAAGCUGCCCAUCAACCCUUGGCCCAAGGAUCCACAGAUGAAGAUGCUGGGCCGCUUCAGCGAGAACAGCCUACUUGAAGGCAUCCAGGCCUUCAGCUUGGCCUGGUUCCACCGUGGCUUGGGCUGGACCAAAGACGAGAUUGAGGUCUACCUCGUUCAGGUUCGCAAGGCGAUAUCGGAUCGGAAUGUGCAUGCGUACCACAAAGUAGGCAACAACAGCAUCGGCAGCAACAGCGUCAUGAGCCGGCUUCUCGAAUAA